UCGGGUUUUGACUGGCGGCGGAAAUGUCGACUCUCGAAAGUGUUAUCCACUUGGUAGUCGUCGUGGCUGCUGCGACUUCCCGAAAUUGUGUGUUGCUUUGAAUUGAUUUCGUCGAAAAAUUUAGUUUUAAUUUUGUAUAAAUCGUUGUGGUUCGUUUAUUCCCUCUUAAACGUAAUAAAUAGAAAGAAUUAAUUGGGGUUUGGUGUAGUUUUAAAAAGGUUUUCACCUGACCAGGAAAUGUCUUCGGUUAAAGUGGCAGUUAGGGUGAGGCCCUUCAACAACCGCGAAAUAUCACGAGAAUGUCAAUGCAUUAUUCAAAUGGGAGGCAACACAACAACUAUAGCAAAUCCAAAAGCUCCACCUGGUACUAAAGACGCCAUAAAAAGUUUCAAUUUCGAUUACUCCUACUGGUCACAUAACGAAUCAGAUUCAACAUUUUCAUCACAACAAGUCGUCUACGAAGACAUCGGCGAAGAAAUGCUUCAACACUCGUUCAACGGCUACAACGUUUGUAUUUUCGCGUACGGUCAAACAGGGGCUGGAAAAUCUUACACGAUGAUGGGCAAACAAGAAGAAGGACAGGAAGGAAUCAUCCCCCAAAUUUGCAAGGAUCUUUUUAAACGUAUCAAAGAGAACGACACCGACGUUAAAUAUUCGGUUGAAGUCAGUUAUAUGGAAAUUUAUUGCGAACGCGUUCGCGAUCUUCUCAACCCGAAGAACAAGGGGAAUUUACGGGUGCGGGAACACCCGCUUUUGGGGCCGUACGUCGAGGAUUUAAGUAAGCUCGCCGUGACGAGUUACCAAGACAUCCACGAUUUAAUCGACGAGGGGAAUAAAGCUCGGACCGUGGCCGCCACGAAUAUGAACGAGACGAGUUCGAGAUCUCACGCGGUUUUUACGAUAUUUUUCACGCAACAGCGGUGCGAUGAAACGACCCAAUUGUGCACGGAGAAGGUUUCGAAGAUUUCUUUGGUUGAUUUAGCCGGAUCGGAAAGAGCCGAUUCGACCGGGGCUAAAGGAACUAGGCUUAAAGAAGGGGCUAAUAUUAAUAAGAGUUUAACUACUUUGGGGAAAGUUAUUUCAGCGUUAGCCGAAAUUUCGGCUUCGAAAAAUAAAAAAUCGAAGAAAGCCGAUUUUAUUCCAUACCGGGAUUCGGUUUUAACUUGGCUUUUAAGAGAGAAUUUGGGUGGAAACAGCAAAACUGCGAUGGUUGCAGCAAUUUCUCCCGCUGAUAUUAAUUAUGAUGAAACUUUAUCAACUUUGAGAUAUGCAGAUAGAGCGAAACAAAUCGUUUGUAAAGCUGUCGUUAACGAAGAUGCGAAUGCGAAACUUAUUCGAGAACUUAAAGAGGAGAUUCAAAAGCUUAGGGAAUUGUUAAAAGCUGAAGGAAUUGAAGUCACAGAAGACUUGAAACAAGAAACAGUUAAAAAAAAUAAUAAACCUGGGCCUGAUGGCAAAAUAAUUUACGAAAAGCGCGAGCAAAGAGGUGAAGAGGUCGCUGUUAAAUCUCCUACCGAAAAGGAACAAGUCCGAAUACGAACGCCAUCUACGACGACGGCCGAAGAAGCAGUCGAUCAACUUCAAGCUAGUGAAAAAUUAAUUGCAGAACUAAAUGAGACAUGGGAGGAAAAAUUAAAACGUACAGAAGCAAUCCGAUUACAACGCGAAGCGAUAUUCGCGGAAAUGGGGGUCGCCGUUAAAGAAGAUGGCAACACCGUCGGCGUAUUUUCUCCGAAAAAAACACCCCAUCUCGUAAAUCUAAACGAAGAUCCUUCAAUGUCCGAAUGUCUCAUCUACUACAUUAAAGACGGAUUAACACGGAUCGGUUCAGCCGAAGCCAACGUUCCUCAAGACGUCCAACUUUGCGGUUCUCACAUAAAAUCCGAACAUUGCAUAUUUGAAAACAAAGAUGGCGUUAUCGCUUUGAUUCCGAUGCACGGCGCCUUAGUUUACGUGAACGGCCGCGAGGCGUCGGAACCUGUCGUUUUAAAAACCGGAUCUAGAGUUAUUUUGGGUAAAAACCACGUCUUCCGGUUUAACAAUCCGAACGAAAGUCGAGGAGAUAAAGUGGAAAAAAGUAACGUCGAAGCCGAUUCGAUGACGGAAAGCGUUUGCGAGACAUCCGUCGAUUGGAACUUUGCGCAAGUUGAGCUGUUGGAGAAGCAAGGUAUCGAUUUAAAAGCGGAAAUGGAGAAGAGAUUGUUGAAUUUAGAGGAACAAUAUCGGAAGGAGAAAGAGGAGGCCGACCAAUUAUUCGAGGAACAAAGGAAAUCUUACGAGGCGAGGAUUGACGCACUACAAAAACAAGUUGAGGAGCAAAGUAUGACCAUGUCUAUGUACAGUUCGUUUACACCCGAAGAUUUUAAUAACGAAGAAGAUAUUUUUGUCAACCCACUAUUUGAUGCAGAGUGCAAUUGGACCGAACGCGAAUAUGAAUUAGCAGCAGCCGCUUGGCGGAAAUGGAAACACCAUCAAUUCACUUCGUUGCGUGACGAUUUAUGGGGGAACGCAAUUUUCUUAAAAGAAGCCAACGCUAUUUCUGUUGAAUUAAAGAAAAAAGUUCAAUUCCAAUUUACUCUUUUAACCGACACUUUGUACUCUCCACUUCCGGCCGAUUUAAGACCCGUCGUUGAAUUCGACCAAGAAGAAGAAGUCCCACAAAAAACGAUCGUCGCCGUCGAAGUUCAAGACACCAAAAAUGGUGCUACUCAUUAUUGGUCUUUAGAUAAAUUAAGACAACGUUUAGAACUGAUGCGAGAAAUGUACCAUAACGAAGCGGAAAUGAGCCCAACUUCCCCUGAUUACAACGUUGAGUCUUUAACUGGUGGUGAUCCAUUUUAUGAUCGAUUCCCGUGGUUUCGAAUGGUGGGAAGAGGCUUUGUAUAUUUAAGCAAUCUCCUUUACCCCGUUACUUUAAUCCACAAAGUUGCGAUUGUGAGCGAAAAAGGUGACGUUCGAGGUUAUUUAAGGGUCGCGGUCCAAGCUGUUUUAGACGAAGAUAAUUCAGAUCAGGUUGGGGUGAGGCAAAGUGCUCGAAUUGCUUUUGAAUCACCUAAAGAAAUAAUCGAUAGAAACGCAUACAACAUAGACGAAAGACGGAUUAUUGAUGGCCACAUCGAUCCAAUUAAAUUAGACGAACUCAUUGAGUGCGAAACUGAUUCCGGAAGGGGCGAUAGCUCCGUUUCGUCCGAUAUGAAAGAAGAGGAUAUCCCUGAUCAUUUAUCAUUGAGUCGCGAAUUCACUUUUAGGGUGACAGUUCUUCAAGCAGUUGGAAUUUCAACUGAAUAUGCGGAUAUUUUUUGUCAAUUUAACUUUUUACAUCGUCACGAUGAAGCGUUCUCAACGGAACCCGUUAAAAACACCGGAAAAGGAACUCCUUUAGGAUUUUACCACGUUCAAAACAUAACCGUAUCAACAACAAAAUCUUUUCUCGAUUACAUCAAAACGCAACCGAUCGUUUUCGAAGUUUUCGGUCACUAUCAACAACACCCAUUACAUAAAGACGCGAAAUUAGAAGGAUCCAUUCGACAACCACCCCGAAGAAUGCUCCCCCCAUCGAUUCCAAUCUCCCAACCGGUUCGUUCGAGCAAAUUCGGCGCUUUACCUUCACCUUGUACCGCGCAUAUUCACGCAAAAGUCGACGUUUUGGUUUGGUUCGAAAUAUGCGAAUUAGCCCCAAAUGGAGAAUACGUCCCAGCGGUUGUGGAACACAGCGAUGAUUUACCGUGUAGAGGGUUGUUUUUGCUCCAUCAAGGGAUUCAGAGACGAAUACGGAUUACAAUCGUACAUGAUCAAGCUGCGGAAAUCCGUUGGAAAGAUGUUCGGGAAUUGGUUGUUGGAAGAAUUAGAAAUUCCCCGGAAUCUGAAGAUGACGAAGAUAAUGAUAAUUCGGUUUUAUCGUUGGGGUUGUUCCCUGGGGAGUAUUUGGAGGUGCCUGGAGAUGAUAGGGUUAUGUUUCGAUUUGAGGCUGCUUGGGAUAGUUCUUUACAUAAUUCUGGGUUACUUAAUCGGGUUACAUCGCAAGGGGAACAAAUUUUUAUGACGAUUUCGGCUUAUCUUGAGCUAGAAAAUUGUGGACGCCCGGCGAUUAUAACCAAAGAUUUGAGCAUGGUUAUUUAUGGAAGAGAUGCACGAACCGCCCCGAGAUCUUUAAAACAUUUAUUUAGUGGAAAUUACAAGAAUGCUGAAGCCAAUCGACUUUCGGGAGUCUAUGAAUUGCUGUUAAGGAGGGCCAACGAAGCAGGUAGUCCAGGUGUUCAAAGGAGACAACGCCGCGUUCUCGAUACAAGUUCAACUUACGUCCGGGGUGAAGAGAAUUUACACGGUUGGAGACCCCGCGGGGACUCCCUAAUUUUCGAUCACCAAUGGGAAUUAGAAAAAUUAACUCGAUUAGAGGAAGUGGAAAGAGUUCGUCACACGUUAUUACUGCGCGAACGGUUAGGUUUAGAUCGAAUCAGUAACAAAUCUUACUUGGAAUACACGAAGAGCGAAAAAGAAGUUUGCAAUAUGGUCGCAAAAAAUAAUAGUGCAAAUGCAAUCACGAAUGCGGGUGAUCACGAGUAUUCGGAAAGAGAACGCGAUUUAUUGAAUAAAUGUGUAAGGUUGAUUCAGGGCCGUGGAAAAGAAACGACGAAUAAUAAGGAGACGGAUGUUGCGAGUCCUUCGGAGGAUUUAACGGAAAUGUCGACUUCGAUGAUUUCGAGUUUGAUUUCUGGAUCGAUUGAGUUGUGCUCGCCAGAACAUAAUACGAUACUUCCUGGGGAAUUGACCGCAUUUCCGGCUAGUCAUCCGGCGUCCCCUCAAACUGGACCUAGGGAUCCCGAAUUGGUACUUUAUGUGCCUGAUAUGGAGGAAAUUAGAAUUUCUCCGGUUGUUGCACGGAAAGGAUAUUUAAAUAUACUCGAACAUAAAACUCAUGGGUGGAAAAAAAGAUGGGUGUCCGUUCGAAGACCGUACGUUUUCAUAUUCCGCGACGAAAAAGAUCCAGUUGAGCGCGCCUUAAUCAAUUUGGCAACGGCUCAGGUCGAAUACUCCGAAGAUCAGCAAGCGAUGGUCCGCCUCCCGAACACAUUCAGCGUAGUCAGCAAACACCGCGGCUAUUUACUCCAAACGCUUCACGAAAAAGAGGUUCACGACUGGUUGUACGCCAUCAAUCCCUUAUUAGCUGGUCAAAUCCGAUCAAAAUCGGCGAGGAGAACUCUUAACACCCUAAAUCAAGGUGGGUUAAGCGCCGAUUUAGCAACAUCACAAGUAAGUAAAUGAGAAUUAAUUAAUAUGGAGUCAGUGCUUGUUUAUUAAAUUAAAAUAAUAAUAUAUUGAUAUAUAUAAUACAGGGUAGGAUUAAUUAAUUCUUUUUUUAAACGCGAUUUGGGUCCAAAUUGAAGUAUUAACGUUUGGAAGAAAAAAUGAAAACGUUUAGGGGGUGGGUUCUUAUAAAUCGUUACAUUCAGGACGAAUAAUCCUUUCUCUUCUAAAAAUUAAUAAAUUAAAAAAGGAAUUUGUCCGUUUACAGUGUGACGAUAUGUAAGAAAAUAAUUUCGGGGUUUUAAUCAACCGCGAUUGAGUCGUUUUCAUUAAAGCUUUGUUUUUACGUUGGUCCCUGCUAAAACUUUAAACGAAAAUAAUACAAAAUAAGCGACUUAAAAUCGGUUAAUGAAAUCUCGAAAUGCUUUUAGGGGUGGGUUUUCAUUUUUUCUUCCUUUUAAAACAUAAAAAUACACAACACAUGAAAUAAUACACGUUUUUAUAUACAAUUUGAGAUUAAUCUCGGGGAUUUGAGUUGAUUUUUUUUGUAUUUCUAAAACCGGAAGAAAUAAGGAUAUAAAGAUAAUAAUAAAAAUGUUUCCGGAGUAUUAAUUGUUAAAAAUAUUUUAAAUGGGGUUUAUUUUAUGAUAAAAAAAAAUGAUGAUGACAACAAAAAAUAUUAUAAAUAAACUAACAUGAUGAACUUGAUGGACAUAAUUGAGACAUAA